GCGCGCACCUGGGCACCUGGGCUGCGGCGGCGGCGCGGGGCGGCGGCUGGACGCGCGCGAUGGAGGGCGAGAGCCGGGGUCCGUGGGCCCUGGGGCUGCUGCGCACCUUCGACGCGGACGAGUUCGCGGGCUGGGAGAAGGUCGGCUCGGGAGGCUUCGGGCAGGUGUACAAGGUGCGCCACGUCCACUGGAAGACGUGGCUCGCCAUCAAGUGCUCGCCGAGCCUGCACGUCGACGACAGGGAGCGCAUGGAGCUUUUGGAGGAAGCAAAGAAGAUGGAGAUGGCCAAGUUCCGUUACAUCCUGCCCGUGUACGGCAUCUGCCAGGAGCCCGUGGGCCUGGUCAUGGAGUACAUGGAGACGGGCUCCCUGGAGAAGCUGCUGGCCUCCGAGCCGCUGCCCUGGGACCUGCGCUUCCGCAUCGUCCACGAGACGGCCGUGGGCAUGAACUUCCUGCACUGCAUGUCCCCCCCUCUCCUGCACCUGGACCUCAAGCCUGCCAACAUCCUGCUGGACGCCCACUACCACGUCAAGAUUUCCGACUUCGGGCUGGCCAAGUGCAGCGGGCUGUCCCACUCGCACGACCUCAGCAUGGAUGGCCUGUUCGGCACCAUCGCCUACCUCCCUCCGGAGCGCAUCCGGGAGAAGAGCCGGCUCUUCGACACCAAGCAUGACGUGUACAGCUUUGCCAUCGUGAUCUGGGGUGUGCUCACACAGAAGAAACCAUUUGCAGAAGAGAAGAACAUCCUGCACAUCAUGGUGAAGGUGGUGAAGGGCCACCGCCCCGAGCUGCCGCCCGUCUGCAGACCCAGGCCGCGCGCCUGCAGGAGCCUGCUGCGCCUCAUGCAGCGAUGCUGGCACGCGGAGCCCCGGCAGCGGCCCAGCUUCCACGAAAUCACUUCUGAAACCGAGGACCUGUGCGAAAAGCCUGACGACGAGGUGAAAGAGACGGCUCGGGACCCAGAUGUGAGAAACCCCGCUGAGCCAGAGGCCGAGGCGCCCGCGGCCGCCCCGCUCACGCGAGCGUCCGCCCCCACCUUCGACGACGACGACAGCCUCUCCGAGCUGCUGUCCCAACUGGACUCGGGCACCUCCCAGACCCUCGAGGGCCCGGAAGAGCUCAGCCGCAGCUCCUCCGCAUCCAAACUUCCGUCGACGAGCAGCGGCAAGCGGCUCUCCGGGGUGUCCUCGGUGGACUCCGCCUUCUCCUCCAGAGGGUCUCUGUCCUUGUCGUUCGAGCGGGAGCCUUCAGCAGGCGAUCUCGGCACCACCGACGUCCAGAAGAAGAAGCUCGUGGACGCCGUCGUGAACGGGGACACGAGCAGGCUGAUGAAGAUCCUGCAGCCCCAGGACGUCGACCUGGUCCUGGACGGGGGCGCCAGCCUGCUGCACCUGGCCGUGGAGGCCGGGCAGGAGGACUGCGUCAAGUGGCUGCUGCUCAACAACGCCAACCCCAACCUCACCAACAGGAAGGGCUCCACGCCCCUGCACGUGGCCGUGGAGAAGCGGGUGCGGGGCGUCGUGGAGCUGCUGCUGGCCCGGAAGAUCAGCGUCAACGCCGCGGACGAGGACCGGUGGACGGCCCUGCACUUCGCAGCCCAGAACGGGGACGAGGGCAGCACACGGCUGCUGCUGGAGAAGAACGCGUCGUUGCACGAGGUGGACUGCGAGGGCCGCACGCCCCUGCACGUGGCCUGCCAGCACGGCCAGGAGAGCAUCGUGCGGAUCCUGCUGCGCCGUGGCGUGGACGCGGGCCUGCCGGGGAAGGACGCCUGGGUGCCGCUGCACUACGCCGCCUGGCAGGGCCACCUGCCCAUCGUCAAGCUGCUGGCCAAGCAGCCGGGGGUGAGCGUGGACGCCCAGACGCUGGACGGGAGGACGCCCCUGCACCUGGCCGCCCAGCGCGGCCACUACCGCGUGGCCCGCGUCCUCAUUGACCUGCACUCCGACGUCAACGUCUGCAGCCUGCUGGCGCAGACGCCGCUGCACGUGGCCGCCGAGACGGGGCACACGAGCACCGCCAGGCUGCUGCUGCACCGGGGCGCCCGCAGGGAGGCGGUGACCGCCGAGGGCUGCACCGCCCUGCACCUGGCCGCCCGCAGCGGGCACCUGGCGACCGUCAAGCUGCUGGUGGAGGAGCGGGCCGACGUGCUGGCCCGGGGGCCCCGCCACCAGACGGCGCUGCACCUGGCCGCCGCCGCCGGGCACGCAGAGGUGGUGGAGGAGCUGGUCAGUGCCGACGUGCUCGACCUGUCCGACGAGCAGGGGCUCAGCGCGCUGCACCUGGCCGCGCAGGGCCGCCACGCCAAGACGGUGGAGACGCUGCUCAGACACGGGGCCCACGUCAACCUGCAGAGCCUCAAGUUCCAGGGCGGCCCCGGCCCCGCCGCCUCGCUCCUCCGGCGGAGCAAGACCUAGCUGGCCGCCCGGAGACGGGGCCCUGCGGGUUCCUGUCCCAGCGCCAUGCUCCGCUCGCCCCGGCCGCGGGCCGUCGAGGGGCGGGUGGCUGUCCGCUUGAAUGGCGCCGCCGCCUGCUUGGACGUCGCCUGCCCGCCCGACGAGGUGGGUCCGUGUGUGCUUGACCGCCACCCGCGGCUGCGCCCGGUGUCGAGGGGACGGCGGGUCGGAGGCGUUUAGUUGUGCCCCUCGCCCCUGCCGUUGGCCCCUCGGUGACAGAGCCGUGAGCCCACCCGUCCUGAGCAGAGCCACCUGCGGCCGCCCGGAGCACACCGUCGGGGGAGGCAGGUGCCGGAGGAGCUGCGGCUUUUCUCUCCAUUUGCCGCAGCAGGCCGAGCAGGCUGUGCCAGAAAGUUUUAGCAGAAUUCUUGUUUUAUAGAAUAUCCUUCGUAGAUGAACAGUGUCAGCUGUCGCUUUAGAUCUGUGAUAAACUUUCAUGUCCUUAGGUAGUCUGGCUCGUGGGCAAAGAGUGUGAACGGAUAGGUUGGCUUUUAAAACAAAAACGGUCAUCUUAACAGCCCUUUUAUACCCACCAGUGUCCAUCACUGAGUCCUCGUGGGUGGCCACGUACGUAUGCCACGCGUGCUACCUGCCGUUGUUCAUUUCUUGCUGCAUAAAAUGUUUGAACUUUAGAGUCAAAUGUCUAAAAGUCAAGAAAUAUUAACUGAUAGCCUCUGUCAGUUUUGGACUCAAAACAGUGUUAUCUAGUUACGUGAACCACCUUCCUCAUCGUUUUCUUUGCAGCUGUCGUUUUUGGCACGGUGGUGGUGUGUGCUGAGUAAUGCUGUUUUAGGGUGUCCAAGGGGGGUUCUGACCUGCUUUAUGAACAACUGCACUGAACAGGGGCUUCGGCUUUUGGGGUGUGACCCCCAAGUCCGCUCCAGGAGACAGCCGUACGGUCUUGGUUGUAAAAACCCCAUUCUUUGGUUGUCAUGUGUGUGCCACAUUCCCCCCACGCCCGUCCCCAAAUGACGUUAUUAGAGUCGGUUUGCUGCAGGACCUGACCCUGUACGCAGACAUGCCCGUUGGACUGGUGUAUGUAGCAGAGAUUGAUGUUGAUGUACUGUGUAUGUUAAUGUGAAUCCGUGGGUAGCAUACUUCUUUUCUAUGACAGGAAAUAUCCAGACUGUUUGGAACUGGCUAUGUUUUAAUAUGCCUCGUGCUUUUGAUACAUUGUGCUACUGUUGUAUGGCGAACACAUGGAAGAAAAAACGUGUUUGAUGUCAAUAAAGCUAAGUUCUCUUCCUA